AUGACUGCUGAGCAGGCACCUUGUCCCCCAGGAGCAGUUUGUGCCCUCACCUUCCUCUGUUCAGUGGUUGUGCUGCCUCUCUUGCAGGGUAGGUUGACGCUGCUGCGGGACAGCCGGACGGACGGCAGCUUCCUGGUGCACCAUUUCCUGUCCUUCUACCUGCGAGCUGGCUGCAAGGUUUGCUUCGUGGCCCUGCUCCAGUCCUUCAGUCACUACAGCAUCGUGGCACAGAAGCUGGGAGUCAGUCUGACAGCUGCCAAGGAGCGGGGGCAGCUGGUCUUCCUGGAAGGCCUCAAGUCCUGCCUUGACCUCGUGUUUGGGGAGGAGGAGGAGCAGCCAGGGCAGCCCAGUCCUCUGCUGUUCCUGAGUGGGAGCCCCUCCGACCUGCGGGCCCUGUUCGACUUCGUGCGCGUGUCCCUGAGUGCCCCGGGCAGCGAGGCCUGCGCGGGCCCCGUGCUGCUGCUGGAUGACCUGAGUGUGCUGCUGGGCCUGGGGGCCUCGCCCGUGGCCCUGCUGGACUUCAUCCACUACUGCCGGGCCCUCGUGUGCUGCCAGCUGAAGGGGAACGUCGUGGUGCUGGUUCACAGCAGGGAGGACUCGGAGGACGAGGAGAACGAACUGGUUGUGAACUCCCUGUGCCAUCACAGCGACCUGAUCCUGUGGGCAGAGGGACUGGCCACCGGCUUCUGCAAGGAUGUGCACGGGCAGCUGAAGAUAAUCCAGAGGGUGUCCCUGCAGCAGGCGGGGGAGCAGGAUCUCGUCCAGAUCUACCAGUACAAGAUCCAGGACCGCAAUGUCACCUUUUUCGCGAGGGGGCUGUCGGCUGCAGUCCUGUGAGGCUGUGACAGCGAGCCUGGGAAUGCCAGUCCCUGCCUCCAGCUAGCCUGGCAGCUCCACCAGCACCUUCCAGGAGCAGCACAGCAAUCUGACCCGGGAGGGAGGCUCAGACGCACCUGGAAGCGGUGCCAGCACGGGGAUCAGCCUGCCCACUGAUGCCACAUCCCUUUGUCCUCCCACCCGGUUCCCAAUGGGCUCAGGCCAAGAAGAGGAGCAAGAACGUGCAGGAAUGGCCCUCGGAGCCUGUGAACACAGGCGGGGGAUGCCCCGGGGGCUGGGUGUGCCUCACCUUUUCCGGUGUGUGCCAGGCGCUGGGAGCACUGGCACGGCAGGAGAUGACACAGCGGGCGGGGCAGGGAUGGCCUGGCAGCCUCUGCAGUGCUCUCCUUGUCCCAGCUCUGGCUGGGGGAGAGCUGCUCCACUCCAGCGUCCACACAGGGUGAAUCCACAGCUCGUGUGCAGCCCCUCACACUGCAGUGGGACCUGGGUGUUGCCUUCACUGGCUGAUCCCUUGGCUUCCCAAGCUCGUUCUUGGCUUUGGGGUUGGAUAAACCCCUGUCCGUGAGCCUCUGUCUCAGCCACUGCUUCCCCUUCCCAAAUCCUGACCAGCAGGUACAUGACCUGCCUGUACUGAAGCAUUUUUUUUUGGAUAAUAAUCCCUAAUUUUAAUGAGAUAAGGGUACAGUGAUGAAAUAACCACGGAUUUCUGUGUGAGAACCACUCCCCACCGGCUCCUUGGCAGAGGGCAGGAAUGGGCAUCUCCCAAGCCUGGAUGAGGAGAGGGCUGUGGGUCCCCUCCCUCCCCAUGGCCGGGAGGGCAAUCCCGGGAGCAGAGCUCAGGCCUGGAGGUCUCCCAGCAGAUGCUCAGCUGGGAUCUCCCAUUUAUCCUGGGAGAGAAACAACAUCCCACACGCUUGUGAGAGACAAGUGACCUGCCAGGUCCUUGCAGGUCCAGAGCUGGGUAACAGCUCCGGCAGUGGGACACGUUCCUGCAUUUUCCAUGGAGACUCAGUGACCCAUCCUGCUGCAGGUUUGGGAAUGGUCCCUUUGGCUUGAGUUUGGGAAGCCCUGGCUGAGUGAUGGCAGUCCAGGGAGGCUGAGCAGGCUCCGAGGAACCGGGGAGGGCAACCAGGCCCUGCAUGUGCUGUAGGAUCACAUGUGCUGUGGGUCUGUCCGUGCUCUGCCAUGGCAGUGGCAGUGCCAGGGCUGCUGCUGCCAGCCCAGCAUGGUGACAGGGCCCAGGGGACAGUCUGCAAAGGGAGGAGGAUGAGACAACCUGUGGUUCUUGGGGAAAGGAGCUGCUUAAAAUACACCUGUAAUGAGCAUAGAAUGGUACA